AUGUUUCGGUUCAGCAAGAAAAACGGUAACAUGGACAGCUCGACCGUACUGCAGGAUAACAAGAGUGGAUUCAGUAAAGGUUCUAUCGCGGAGUUCUACGAUAAACUUGAGAAGGAUGAUGGAGGUCGAACGUUCGGCAUUGAUGAUGCUACUCACGGAGGACUAGCCCGCAUGGAGAAUGGAAUGUCCGGGAAAGGAGAACACCGAGGCUCGCCCAUUUCGUGUUAUUCACCUCAGAAUCGACUGUUACCGUGGCCUCCCCAGCAUGUAAACGAGAGUUCGAGCUCCUCAGCCAGGAAGGCUCAGAACCUCGGUCUGAUUUGCGUCGUUUGUGGAGAUACGAGCUCCGGAAAGCAUUACGGCAUAUUGGCAUGCAAUGGAUGCUCCGGGUUCUUCAAACGCAGUGUCCGGAGGAAAUUGAUUUACCGUACCUGGUCGCUUCGAUCGUUGUUCUCGAAUCAGCGCGCAAUACAGUGCAUCGUAGGGAGUUUGAGGCAGCAGAUGAAAGGAAUUAUUGACGUAUUUGCCGUACAAAAUGAGCGUCAACCACGAAAUACAGCAACAAUCCGACCGGAAGCGCUGCGGGAUAUGGAGCAGGGUCGGGCCCUGCGAGAAGCAGCCGUUGCCGUCGGAGUGUUUGGGCCUCCAGUUUCAUUGGCACUACUUUCACCGUCGCGCUACGGUCCAAGCAUCUUGCCAACACCCGCCUUACCGACCAGUCAAUUUCUGCACCAUCAUAGCCAGGUGUCUUCGCUGGUAAAUAGUCUCCCGCACCACCAUCCCCACCAUCCGCACCAUGCCGCUAUGCACGGUCUAGCGAACGGACUGUCGAUGAAUCUCAACGGUGCCGGCAUGUCGGGACACAACGGAACGCCCGGCUUGAUGCACUCGGCAGGAAAUGGCUCCGAACGGGACCGAGACACCGUAGUUCCGAUGAACAGCAGCAGUGGAGAUAGCAACAACAACAAGAACCCUUCGUCUGGUUCCACCGAGAACCUCAAUAAAACGUCGUCCUCGAACCAUUCGAUGGCCGGCGAUCAGUCACCGAGUGGGGCAGGUUCACCAGCGCACGGGACAUCAGCGAAUGGACUCGGAACAGGUGGAUGUCCAACUGGCGGCUCAGGCAUGAGUGCCGAGAAGCAUCCCCAACACAGCUCCUCUUCGUGUGGAUCGGCGAGUCCUAUUCUGGAACAGGACAACAUGAACGAUAACGACGGUAAGUGUCUCGUGCGACUGUGA